GAAACUAUGUUACAGUCACAUGACCGUUUUGUCUCAACGAACCAUCAGAAUGAAACAAUAGCCACUGAGGCUUGUAAAUCCUUCAACAUGGCUAGCUCGUUGGCGUGCCGUUGCGUCAAUUCUUUCCCACAAUUUCGCAAUCGUUUAUUCACCACCACCUCCUUGCCCAAGCCAAACGCCGUCGUUUUCCUCAAACACAUCGCGUGCUCCUCAAUCGCCGCCGCCGAAACCCUCACUUCCGACGCCGUCGUUGUCUCCGGCGACGGCAAGUACGGGCGCAAAGAAAUCAUCAGCAUCACUCCACGCCUCUACGAUUACUUGCUCGAUAAUGUCAGAGAACCACAAAUUCUGCGGGAAUUACGGGAGGAGACUUCGACGAUGCGUGGUAGUCAGAUGCAGGUAUCUCCUGAUCAAGCACAACUACUCGCAAUGCUAGUCCAGAUUCUAGGGGCAGAAAAGUGCAUAGAAGUUGGUGUUUAUACGGGAUACUCCUCACUGGCUGUUGCUCUUGUCCUACCGGAGUCCGGCCGUUUAGUUGCUUGUGAAAGAGAUGGGAAGGCUCUUGAGGUGGCGAAAAGGUAUUAUGAGCAAGCUGGUGUCUUGCAUAAGGUUGAUGUCAGACAUGGGCUAGCAGCUGAUGCAUUGAAAUUAAUGAUUCAGAAUGGAGAAGGUUGCAGCUAUGACUUUGCAUUUGUUGAUGCUGACAAAAGAAAUUAUCAAGAAUACUUUGAAUUGCUGCUACAACUGGUGAGGGUUGGUGGGAUUAUUGUAAUUGAUAAUGUGCUCUGGCAUGGCAAAGUUGCCAAUCCACUGGUUAAUGAUGCCAAGACAGUCAGCAUUAGGAAUUUCAAUCAAGGUAUAAUGGAGGAUGAACGUGUAAGCAUUAGCAUGGUGCCAAUAGGCGAUGGCAUCACGAUCUGUCGGAAGAACUGAUUUAUCAGUAUAAUGUGACACUAUAACCAAGAGGAUGCAAAUUGAAGUAUUAAUCUGCAAGUGGCUCAGGACUAGGCAAGCUGUAAACGAAUGUUCUUUGAAGAACUAAAAGAUGUGCACAACACUCCUGUCAGGGACACCGGGAAUCGUGAAACGACAGUUGAUGUACAUCGGCAAUGAAAUGGAGUCUUAAAAGGAAAAAAGGAGCAGUGUGUUUGGGUGGGAAGAAGACGUUAGCUAUAUAGUAUGCAGAAAAAUGUUAGCGCCUGCUAUAAGCUGAGUUGACUAGCAACUCGGACAAGUGCAAGAGACUUUCAAGAAUUUAUCUUUUACUUUGUGAAUUGUUAGAUGUGUGGACUGUGGUACAGCGUUGUUCAACUCGCCCACCAUAGUUGAUACUUUUAUUCGGGCCUUGUAUCAAGUUAUUCAUCCACACCAUAGUCUCUGCAGAACUCAUAAAAUUAUAUUUCGCCAUCAAAUUUUAGUGUUUUUUCAGCGGAA